AUGUUAAUAUUAUUAUUUGGGUUGUCUUUUUUACCUUUAACUGUUGGAAUAGGUGGAUGUACAUUUGAUCGACCUCUAUUGGGUGAAUAUUAUUCAUAUGAAAAUGGCCUUGAAGCUCACUCAUCAUUUAAAGAAAAUGGAGAUAUUGAUAGACUUUUUUAUCGUCGAGAAUCAGGUGCUGGUGCAACUAGAAAAGAUAGUGGAGGUUUUUUAGUUAAUAGAGAUAUUGGAGAAUGUUUUCAAUUAACUCUUAAACUCAAUUAUUAUGAACUUAUUUAUCGUGACAAGUCUCAAUCUUGUUUUCAAUGUUAUCAAAUGUUUAAUCGAACAAAAAAUAUAAUUCAAAUAAGAAAAAGUUCAUGUGGAGAAACAACUUCCUUAGUAACAAAUCAAAUGAAUUUCGAUGAAUUAUGUCGAAGCAUUGAUGAACAAAGUGAAUUUAUAACACUUUUUUCAAAAAGUUAUUCAGCCGAAGAAUGUCGUGCAACAAUCUAUGGAACAUAUCAUUUUACAUAUGAAUUUCGUGAAGGUGGUAUUGGCAUUUGUGAUAAUCCAACAUCACGUUUAAUAUCUUGUCCUGAUCCUGGAACUCCAUUUGAAUCAAUAAAUCAACGUUUUAGAAUGAAAUAUGGAUAUUGUAAAUAUUUAACAUCUUCAUUUGAUGCUGAUCAAUUAAAUCAAUGUCUUGGAUCAUGGUUAACUAAUGAUGGAAAUAUAAUAACUGCUUUUGCUAAUGAACGUGUUGGAUCAGAACGUUGGUAUGAUAAAUUUCGUUGUAUGUUAACACGAAAAGAUCAACCACAAUGGUUUGCUAAAUCUUUAUUUGCUGAAUGCUCUUCUUUAUCAAGUCCAACUGAUGGACCAGAAAAAGUUAUUAUUACACCAAUCAUUCCAGAAGAACCAAUAGCUUCAUGUUAUUUUCCAAGUAAUUUAACUGGUCAAUGGAUCAAUACAGCAAAUGUAAAUGCUCGUGUAUUAAUAAAUUCAACACAUAUACAUGAAAUAGCUAAAGUUAAUAAUCGUGGUUGGUUAAGAGAAACUUAUUAUGUUUGUCAACAAACAUCUCGUAGUCAAUAUUUAGUUAAAUCUGUUACUAAAGGAGAAUUUGGACAACCAAAUUCAUUAAUUCAAACACGAAUUCGUGGUGGUAUAACGCCUCGACCACGUGAUCAUGGUUGGUUUAUAACAUGUGAUCCUCAAUAUAUGGUAUCACAAUGGACAAUAUGUGGUGAUCAAACGAAAUCAAUGUUUGCUGAUCGUGAAUAUUGUCGACAAUUAGAUCCAUAUGGAACACCAAUUGGUGUUUAUGAACAACCUGAUUAUAUAUAUCAAUGUGCUGGAUAUUGGAGAGAAGAUUCUCGUUCUUAUUUAAUAACAUAUGAUCGUGAUGAUCCAUAUAUUAAUUUUAAAUGUUGGGUUUAUGAAAGAAUUGAUUUAUUUAAAAUAUAUCUUUCAAGAUCAGCUGGAUCAUUUUGUGGUUUCAAUCAAACAUCUCAAAGUUAUGAAGCACAAGAUGGAGCUGAUCUUAAAAUUGAACUUGAAGAAGCCGAAAGAAUUCAUGAUGAUUGUCCAAUUCGUUAUGAUGAUGGUCGAAAUCCUUGGCAAAUUGUCGAUGAAUUUUUAUUUUAUUAUGCCUCAGCAACAACACUUAUACCUGAUGACGACACCGUCUAUCCUUAUGGCACUGUUGAAAAAAAGGAUGAAGCUUUGUAUAAUGAAAAAGAAAUUUAUGAUAGUGAAGAAUAUAGUAAUGACGAUGUUAUAUAUCCAAAUCGUUCAACUAGUUCCUCAUCAAAUUCAGGACAAAGUAUCGAUGGACAAUGGAUAAUAGUUGAACCUGGAAAUGACAAGAUAUCACGAGUCUUACCAGCUUUCCAAGAAAAAACUGGACCUAAUUUUCCAGUUAGCUCUUGUCCUUCUUCAAAUUAG